AUGAAGUACGCAACUGUUGGUGCUUUAGCCUCCGUGGCCGCCACGGCUGCGGCACAGAAGACGGACUCGACCUUUGCCGUCCUCCAUUUUACCGGCCAGCACAACUUCUUGACCGAGGGUCCUAUAGAUCCCGUCGUCAACCCUGGAACGCAAGCAACCCAUUAUCAUAGUAUCAUGGGAGGUAGCAACUUUGGCAUUUCUACCAGGGGUGACGAUCUCUUAAGUUCGGAGUGUACUACGACUACUAUCAAGAAUGACAAGAGCAACUACUGGGUUCCAUCUCUCUUCUUCCAAGAUCCCAAGGAUGGCACCUUCGAAAAGGUCCCCCUGUUUUACAUGAAUGUGUACUACUUCUUCGAGCCCACCAACAGCAGUAUUGAGCCGUUCCCGGUUGGGUUGAAGAUGUUGAGUGGUGAUACUAAAGCCAGAGAUCCUCCCAAAUUCGGAGGUGGAAGCAAUGUUGACCCUACCAGGGGCCCAAUCCAGCCAGUUCAAUGGACUUGCCCUAGACAGAGCUACAAUCCUCCGUCCUACCCCGUGGAUUCUGAUGGAACCAUGGCCGGUCUUCAGGACCCCCAAAACCAGGGCGCAGGUGCGGGUUUCCCCCUUUACGACUGCGACGGCACCUACUCUCCCCUCCGUCAGGACAUCCACUUCCCUUCGUGCUACAACCCGGAAGCUGGUCUUGAUGACUACAAGAACAACAUGGCAUGGCCCACUCCCGAGAACGGACUACUGAACUGCCCCGCCGGAUGGAUUCACGUCCCUCACCUCUUCUAUGAGGUCUACUGGGAUACUCCCUCGUUCAAGGAUAGGUGGACCCCUGAUGGAAAGACCCAGCCUUUCGUUCUGUCCAACGGUGAUGCUACCGGUUACAGCUCGCACGGUGACUUUAUCUCCGGUUGGGACCAGGACACCCUCAAGACUAUUAUCGACACUUGCAAUGUUGGUACUCUCGGUAUGGAGCACUGCCCUAGUAUUCCCGGCGGUGUCAACGACAGGCAGGAUUGCACAAUCAAGCCUGCUGUCGGUACCAUGGUGAAGGCCUCGCAGUCUCUUAAGUCCCUCCCGCUCGACUGCCCGGUUACUGGCUGGGGCAAGGGUUCUUCUAGCCACUCUGACUCUUCGUCUGAGCAGUCUGCCACUUCGAGCGUGAGUAACUCCCGGUCCUAUUUACUCUCUUUUCCAAUUUGUCUCGGUGCCUUCUUCUGCUUCUUGAACAUGACCUAG